GGCCGGCUCUCCGGCGCUGCCAGUCUCCGGCUGCAGCGUCCGGCGCGCGGGCGGCUUGGUGGGCGGGCUGAGGGUGAACCGCGCGCGGGUGAGGCGGAAAGAGACAGAGGCGACGAGCAACCGCGGCGACAGGUUUUUUACUUAUAAAAGACAAUGACUACUGAUGAAGGUGCCAAGAACAACAGAGCAAGCGCAGCAGCGGCUGUUGCUGCACAGGGAGAGGACCUAACCUUGAAGAAAGAUAGAGGAGUGUUGAAGAUUGUCAAAAGAGUGGGGAAUAGUGAGGAAACACCAAUGAUCGGAGAUAAAAUUUAUGUCCAUUACACAGGAAAAUUGUCAAAUGGAAAGAAGUUUGAUUCCAGUCAUGAUAGAAGGGAGCCAUUUGUCUUUAGUCUUGGCAGAGGCCAAGUCAUCAAGGGAUGGGACAUUGGGGUGGCUACCAUGAAAAAAGGAGAAGUGUGCCACUUACUGUGCAAACCAGAAUAUGGAUAUGGCUCGGCUGGCAGUGUCCCCAGAAUCCCCUCGAAUGCAACUCUCUUUUUUGAGAUCGAGCUCCUUGAUUUCAAAGGAGAAGAUUUAUUGGGAGAUGGAGGCAUCAUCCGAAGAAUCAAACAGAAAGGAGAGGGCUACUCAUUCCCCAACGAAGGAGCCACUGUGGAAAUCCACCUGGAAGGCCGCUGUGGGGAAAGGACGUUUGAUUGCAGAGACGUGGCCUUCAUCGUUGGCGAAGGAGAAGACCAUGACGUUCCCAUUGGAAUUGACAAAGCCCUGGAGAAGAUGCAGCGAGGAGAACACUGUGUGCUGUUCCUCGGAUCACGGUAUGGUUUUGGAGAGUCAGGGAAGCCUACAUUUGGCAUUGAACCGAAUGCUGAGCUUAUGUAUGAAGUUAAACUGAAGAGCUUUGAAAAGGCCAAAGAAUCCUGGGAGAUGGACACCAAAGAAAAACUGGAGCGGGCUGCCAUCGUCAAAGAGAAGGGGACUGUGUACUUCAAGGGAGGCAAGUACGUGCAGGCGGUGAUUCAGUACGGGAAGAUAGUGACCUGGUUGGAUAUGGAAUACGGCUUAUCGGAAAAGGAGUCCAAAGCUUCCGAAUCCUUUCUGCUGGCUGCCUUCCUGAACCUGGCCAUGUGCUACCUGAAGCUCCAAGAAUACAUCAAAGCCGUGGAGUGCUGCGACAAGGCCCUGGGACUGGACCGCACCAACGAGAAGGGCUUGUACCGCAGGGGCGAGGCCCGUCUGCUCAUGAACGAGUUCACGCUGGCCCGAGGGCGACUUCGAGAGGGUGCUGGAGGUCAGCCCCAGAACAAGGCCGCGAGGCUGCAGAUCUCCGUGUGCCGGGAGAAGGCGAAGGAGCACAACGAGCGGGACCGCAAGACCUACGCCAACAUGUUCGCGAAGUUCGCAGAGCGGGACGCCGAGGAAGAGGCCAGUAAAGCAAUGGGCAAGAAGACGUUAGUAGGGGUCGCCGAUCAAAAAGACACAGGAAGUCCAGCAGAGGAAGAAGGGCGAUCUGGAGACCACGUGUGACCCCACGCAGAGGAGGGAAGAGUCCCAGUGACCUCGGCCUGCUCCCCGGGCUUUCCCCAACUCAGGACUGACCGUGUUCGGUGUGCAGUUUGUCACAGUCUGUGUGAUUCUGGAAGCAAAUGGCAAAACCAGUGGUCCCCACAAAACCACCCCUGCUGCUGCCCAGGGCUGUCACUGAGGGGAGGCGUGGGACCCCUGUGGGGACACAGACAGGUGGCCGUUGGUGUGGAGAGGUGCAGCCGGCAGCGGAAGUCCAGCUCAUUUCAGUUCAGGUCAGCUUCCCCCCUGCAGUGCAGGGUCCCCCGGAUGGUCCUGACCAUCAGGGCUGUCUGUGAGGUGUCACCUGGGAUGGAAUGUCAGUAGCACUUCAGAAACCUGAAAAUGAAUGUCCACUGAAUUUCUCCUUUCCUGCAGACGGGUGGGGAAAGGAGGGUGGAGGUCUGUGUUUUCAAUCACUGAAGUGCUGUGACUGUGACUGUUGUGUUUUAACCAACAGAAUCCACAGUGGAGCGGCCUGCUGGCCCCCUCAGGUCCACAGCAGCAUCACAGACUUGGCACCAAGAACCUCACAGGCCACUUGCUUGCAGACUUAGCCCCGCCCCCUCCUUAGUGAGCCCACCCCCCUCUGAGCUGGCUUUCUGCCACACCUGCCUGUCCCUGAGGAGGAAUUCUGUCCUUCCUAAAGCUCUCUUCAGCAACGACAGGGAGCAGAGUGGGUGUCUGGAUUCGUUUUCUGUGUUUUGGGUGAAGUUCUGAGAGGCCGAAGUGUGUAAAGAGCAAUCAGAAUCGUGCAUUUUCCUUCGUCCGCUCCUUUUAGGAAACGAUGUGACCGCAGUCCCACCUGUCAGCCCCGCUGCUACUCAGUACCUGGUCUCCACGCCAGCCCCUGCUGUUAGGAAUGUCCGACUUGCUCUU